AUGGAUCACUCACACAUGGAUCACGGCCACAUGGACCACGGCAUGCCCGGCAUGGACCACGGCGCAAAGUGCAACAUGAACAUGCUGUUCACCUGGGACACAACCGACCUGUGCAUCGUCUUCCGCGGCUGGCGAAUUACGGGGACCGGAUCGCUUAUCGUGUCCCUCCUGGCGAUUGUACUGCUUACGGCGGGAUAUGAGGCGGUUCGGGAGGCGUCGAGGCGGUAUGAGGCGUAUGCGGCGAAGGGCGGGGAGAGGAGGGGCGGGGAUGAUUUGAGAGUGCAGCGACUUCAAGACGACGAAAACGAAUCGAGCUCAUUACUUGGACCAGGACGAAGUGUUGGCCGCACCUCGGAGCAACAGACCAAGAUUGUCAAGGGGUUAUUCUACGCGGUGCAGGUGUUUUACUCGUUCUUCAUCAUGACUGAGAUCACUAGGUUGCUAUUCAUGACAUACAACGGCUGGAUCAUGCUGGCUGUUGCUGUAGGCGCCUUUGUCGGCUAUCUCAUGUUCAGCGGAUCCUCAUCGACAAAGUCGGUUGCUUGCCAUUGA